AUGCAUUUAAAAUAAUCUUAAAAAGUAUCUCCAAGCAAUUCCUUAUAAGCUGAAAAAAAGAGUCAUAGUAUUGAUAUAUCUUUCAAAAAUGUAUCCUAUAGCGUUAUAUAAAAAUAAGGAGUACAUAAAAACAUUCUUAAAAACCUUACUGGAGUGAUGAAAAGUGGAGAAAUUACUGCAAUUCUUGGUCCAAGUGGAGGUGGAAAGACAUCUUUAUUAAAUAUACUCUCUGGUAAGAUAGUAAAUGGAAAAAAUAUCUCCUUAACUGGAUAAAUCAUGGCUAAUGGUUAAACCUUCUCAAAUUAAGAUUUUACUAAAUUUAGUGGAUAUGUCAUGCAAAAUGAUAUCUUGUUAGACUUUUUCACUGUAAGAGAGGCUAUCCAAUUUGCAGCAGAUUUAAAAGUAAAUGGAACAGCAGAAAAAAAGAAAUAAAGAGUUAACGAAAUAAUAAAAAUAUUGAAACUUGAAAGAUGUUAGAAUACUUUAAUUGGAGGUGAACACGUCAAAGGAAUUUCAGGUGGUGAAAGAAAAAGAGUUAACAUAGCUUGCGAAUUGAUUAGUGAUCCUCAAGUUCUAUUUCUUGAUGAACCCACAAGCGGAUUAGACUCAUUCACUUCUUUUCUUGUAAUCAAGUUGCUGAAAGACUAUGCUCAAUAAUAGAAUAAAAACGUAAUUAUGAGUAUCCAUUCUCCAAAUAAAGAUAUUUGGGAUUUGUUUGAUAAUGCUAUCUUUAUGUCACAAGGAAGAUUUGUAUAUCAAGGAAAGGCUAAGAAUAUAAACCAUUUUUUCGAUUAAUAAGGUUUUUUUUGCCCUAAAAAUAUGUGUAAACCUGACUAUUACAUGUCUUAAAUAUCAGCAACAAAUGCUGAAAAAAAUCCUCAUAUUUUACCUGGGCUAUUUAGCUAAUAUGACAAUUAAAUAGAAUGCGAAAUGUAGGAGUCUGUAAGCAAAAUAGAAAUUGCUAAUAAAUACACAGUUAAUUAAUAUGACUUUUAUUAAGCUCCAUUUUUAUAAUAAGUUAAACACGUAGCAAUCAGGAAUUUAAUAAAAAUAAGAAGAGAUCCUCUAAUCCUAAAGAGUGAGCUAAUCUAAACAGUAUUUAAUGCUUUGCUUUUUGGUUUGAUAUUUUUAAAUUUAAAUGAAUUGGGAAAUGAAACAACUUUAAGAGAAAUCAACAACCGCAAUGGUAUUUUAUUCUUAGAUAUAAUGUCAAUGUUUAUGUCAGGUUGUAUGCAAAUCGUUAUUUCUUUCCCUUCUGAAAGAGGUGUUUAUAUGAGAGAAGAAAAUUCAAAGUAUUACACACCUAUUGCAUAUGCAAUAGGUAAGAUAUCUACAAAUAUUUUACUGAAGAUUUUUUAUCCUAUAAUUUAUGGAACUAUAGUUUAUUUUAUGGUAGGCUACACUCAUGACUAUGCUUAUUAGUAUUUUAUUUAUAUUUCAGUGCUAAUGCUUAUGACUAUUACUGGAGCAGCUAUAGGUUUCACUAUUGGUAUAGCAUUCAGUGAUAUAAGGACAUCUACUUCUAUCACACCUGCAUUUCUUUUGCCUAUAGUUUUAUUUUGUGGCUUUUUCAAAAGAAGAGCAGACUUAGCUACUUGGAUAGGAUGGAUUUAAUAUAUUUCGCCUUUGUCUUAUGCACUAGAAGCUAUCAUCAGAAACGAAUACAGAGAUUUUAACAGUACCUUAAAUCCUAUAAUUACUUUAGAUUACGAAAUAGGGCUUGGAAAUUGCAUAUGGAUAAUGUUUAUCCUAUAUGCCAUAUUUUAAUCAUUAUCUGUUAUAAUGCUUUAUGUUAAAAGAGGUUCAAUUUAAUGA